GUUUUCUGUGAACGGAAACGCAUUUGUUGCACCUGAUCUUUAUUUACAAUUACUUUUUUGGGAAACUGUACCUAACAGGGGUUUCCAGGGAUGAUGUCAUUUUCUCCAGGAAAUUGACUCAUUGAAUUAUUAAGUCCAGUCGUUGGUAAUAUCGUGAAGGAUGGAGUUGCUUUUGUGGAGUGCAGUGCUUUUGGGUGUUUGUGUGCAUUCUACGUUCACCAGAGAACCCUAUAUGACUUAUGAACUUGAGUCAUUUACUUUAUGCAGCCAUGGUAAAGAGGAAGGUAGUUUAAUUAUUAGACCAUGGGGUGCAAUUUUAUUGAAAGUUGGUCACAAAUUGGAAAAAGAUGGUUCACAGGCUAGUCAGUCUAUUCAUAAUUGCAAGGUGAACAUAAAUACCCAAGAAGGAUUUGGAAUGGUUGCUGUUAUAGAAGACAUGAAACUACAAGGAAAACGUAACAGGGAUAAUGGAUGGGACUGUGAAGGUGAUUAUGUUAAGAUUAGUACUGUGAGCUCCUCAACUAUAGUAAAGGUGCUGGACAAAAUUGUUCCAGGAGACAUAUUUAAGAAGAAAGCAACUGAGGAACUCUGUGGAAUUCGUCAUGCAGGAAGACAGAGAUUUUCCGAAGUUGGCACUAGUGCAAAUGUGUUUUAUACACUUUCAAAUAGUUUAGAAGUUGACUUCCAUCAAAGUCAGAAAAGUCGUAACAUUGUAAACAAUUCAUUCGCCAUUGUUGUUACAACAUUCAUGCCUCAGGGCUCGGAAGUGUUUACAGAGCGAUGUGAUGGACGGUAUGUCUGCCCUGGGAGCAACAAUUAUUGCAUUGACAAUGCCCUCGUCUGUGAUGGUCACUCCAACUGUGCCUUCUCUUCAGGUGGAGCAGAUGAGAGUAAUUGUCAAGAUGCUGCAGUGUCACAGCUUCCAAUGUUUUCAGCAACCACAACUAUUAUUAUGACAUUAGCUUGCAUAGUGGGUCUUGGUCUUGUUGUUUGUUGCCUCUUCACAAUUAUUAUGCGAGCUAAGUCAAGGAACACCACACGUGCAGGGACUCCAGUUCCCACCUCUGUUUCCCUUCAUGAUGCAACGGCUCCCCCGUUAGAACGACAGCAAACACUUCCGGGUUAUGAAGCUGUUGUCAUGUCGGACAUGGAAGGUGACCACAAGGAAAGUGUACCUCCUACGCCUGCUGUUGGAGAAUAUCCACCAUCAUAUGAUCAGCUAUUUCCAGAUGGACCACCCAAAGUUCUGGGCAAUGAAACCUCAAAAUGAAACUGGAGAAGAUACUUAUAUCAGACAUUCUGAGAAUCUCAAGGUGAAGUGAGUGAUAUAGGAGUUCUUACAGAGUCUUCUAUUGUAAAUAUAAUCUUUAAGACAAUAGAGUAGAAUGGCUAGUGACUUCACUUC